AUGAUAAUUAGGGUUGAAUUGCCAGGGACCUCGGCCAUAUCAUUAACUCCCGCAGGCAAAUUAACGAAAGUCCCCGACCCCUGGACUUGGAUUUUAUUAUACGUAUCGCUGAAUCCCAAAAUAAGUCAACGGCAUUUCGUCUAA